UCCUUUUUUCGAUUUGAUUGGACUAUUCUAUGGAUACCUAUGGUUAACCGUACUAGGAGUUGAUGCCAGCCAAGGCAUCACAGCGGUAUACCCAGCUAUCCACAUGUGAGCGACCAUCAUCCUACACACACGGCUGCUUGGGUCUUUACCUUUUCUAUUGAUGAUCCAGUUUCCUUUUACCUGAACAAGCUUUCACAUAAGUUCUCCCCAAAGCCAUCGACAAUGGUCGUCAGAUGAAAGCGAUGGUGAAUAGUCUUUAUAGGGGCCGUGAAUAUCUUCACCACACACUACACAGUCAAUCACCUCUUCAAGUCAUUGAUAAUGACCUUACCAGAUUCUCGUGACUCCUUGCAGAGGCUGGGUCGAAUUUUUUUUUUAAAAUUUAUUUUGUUGAACGACUAGUCUUCUCUUGUGUGUUUCUGACAUGAAGAAUGAGCCGGAAAUCAAUUUUGAUAUAUUUCAUAUCAGGGCUCUUUAUUCUUGCUAUAUUUGCUCAACUUAAUUCUUAUCUUGCUCUAAUCACUUUACCUAAUUCACAUUCCAAAGAUGACACAGCGAUUCAGGAACGAUAUCAGAGAGAAUAUAAGGCUUUGAUAGUCUAUAUCAUAUGCCUCUCAGCCACAUGCUUCAUUCUGCUGCUACAAUCUUGGCUUAAACAAUCACACUACAAUCAACAAAAGUUACUAGGACACCCAUUGACAGCAAAGACAGCAACAAACAGGUACAACAGUUGGCUACAGUACGAAUGGCGAUGGUUCAGCACGACUCUGUCCUUGUCAUUUAUCAUCAAACUAGGAACACUCAUUGGUGUAAAUAUUAUGCUUAUACUCAUUUCAAAUGAUGAGGAUAAACACUUGAUGCUACAAGGAAGAGCUAAUAGAGCAGCCCAACUAGCUGUUGCAAACACUGCUGCUGCAGUUGCUCUUUCAGCCAAACUAUCCAUCAUUCAGCGAUAUUUUUAUGGAGUUGAGAAGACGCUGAGUUGGCAUCCAUGGUUUGGCAGAAUAGCCCUUGUUGAAACACUGUAUCAUGGCGCCUAUCAGUUUCAAUUGAAUUAUGCUCGACAGAACUAUGAUCUUAUUCUCGCCUUGACUACCAAUAUUCGAUACAUGACAGGAGCCAGUUUGAUAUCAGCCAUGAUCAUUUUGGUGAUUGGAUCUCAUCCGCUCGUAAGGCAUAUUUCCUAUCGACUCUUCCGAUUGACUCAUAUCGGCUCAUUCCUUGUGCUCAUCCUAUUGGGCUGUCUUCAUCACUGGGUGUUUUAUGUGUUUUAUGCAGCAGUACUCGGAUUUUGGAUCAUAGAUCAAGUUGACCGAUCCUUUGAAAUCGAAGUGUGCAGCCUCCAAGCGAUGCCUGGAAAUAUAGUAAAGAUUCAGGCCACCGUACCUUAUACUAUCUUAAGCCCGAUACCUGGUCAAUUUGCAUUUCUAUCAUUCUCAUCAUCAUGGAUUCAUGCUUGGAUACACUCACAUCCUUUUUCUAUUUGCAGAAUAGAUACCGUCAAUGGAAAAGAUCAGGAUGAUGACAGUGAGGGGAUAGUACAUCAAGCAUUGACAUUUUAUAUCAAAGUGUCUGGCAAACGAACUUUAUCACUCUACCAAAAGGCAGUAGAUCAAGAAAAAGUAAAGAUGAGGAUCAGUCGGCCCCUAGGAAGGCCCUACUUGACGAUUGCCGGAUCUGAAUUUGGCGAUUUCAAGACGAUUGUCUUGGUUGCAGAUGGAGUAGGACUAGCACCAUGGAUCUCAGUACUACAAUAUGUGAGUGAAAAAAAAGAGACGAUAAAGACACGAUCGGUGUACUUGAUUUGGAGUAUACAUGCAAUAGGUAGAAUCCAUCGUGGGUAUAAAGAAUACAGACUGAUUUUUUAUAGACACAUUUUAUGCAUUUGAAGAGGAGCUCGUUCAGUUUGCAAACUCUCUGCAGCUAUUGGACUUGACGAUUGAAAUAUUUAUUACAGGCGAUAUAGAAGACAAUGCAGAAUCUGUUAGACAAUUUACGUUUAGAUACAGUCGACCCAACUAUUCACUUUUAUUUGAUGAGAUCUAUGAGAAUGAUGUAGCUGUUGGAGUGUGUGCACAUGAAGACAAGACUGUACAGAUACAUAAUUUAGCACUUGCUCGUUCUUGGGCUAUACAUA